UAUUGAGGGCGCCAAACACGUUUCAUUGCCGGCCGGCCCGUCGAUUUGUAAACAAACGCGCGUAAUUCGUAGUCAACUAAUUUUGCCAUUUUUGUGUUUUAAACUCUGUCAAAAUACUGAUGUUUAGUGAUUUCAUUUAAUGAUAUGCCAAUCUUUCUGCAUGUGGGAAGAUCGUCAGAUCAAAUGAGCUGUAGAACUAGAAGGAUCGUCAGCUGAUCGUGUGAAAUCACUGGACACGGUUUCAUCAUCAGAUCAUGAUGAUCAUUCAUGAACAUGAUGAACUCUUGAAGACAUGUAGCUGAUCAAUGCUGAAAUACCAACUGCAAUCCGAGCCUACGACAACUGAUAAUAGCCAGUGAUUUCUGACAAAUCAGCCCUGAUCACUGAGCUGCCAUGUCCAAACCAAAGCACUAUGCUCCCGUCUUGCAGCCUGCUGCUAAGCCUAAGACUGUUAAAGGCAAGAAAGUUGCAUCUAGGAGGUCAGCUGAAGCUCAGCCAUUGGCAGAGCCAGUCUAUCAUUCCACAGUGGCACUCGGACAUCAACUCAAGAACUUACAAAGGAUGGAGUUUGAUGCUGAAGGCGGAGUGCUCAAGGCGUUAGAGGAAUCAGAUAUGGCUAGAGUGAACUUUGCUGAGAAAGUUGCUGAAGCAGUUAACGUCUCAAAGAAACAAACUAAAUAUUCAGGUCUUAUUAGCGUGAAUGUGCCAGUAGAAGCCACUAUCGCUCAGGAGGUGGAGGGUCGUAUGUCGAGACUGAAAACCAGUCACAAUCAAGCUUGGCGUAAACCCUCCAAGGCAUCAGAGGUCCCUCCUCCAAACAUCAAGAAUGUGUUCACCCCUAAUUUGAUAGUGGAGGAACCCAUCAUGGAUGUCCCAACAUUAGCCUCUCUAGACGUUCGGCCUGAACCAUGUUCUCCCAAGGUAGCUUUUGAACUCUACAAACACAUGAUGUGUUGGGACUCAUGAGGCCUGCAUUCAAACUGUUGCAUACAAUGGACGUCAAAAAUAAGAAGAAAAUGAUAUUUGAGAAACCAGAUUAUGAACAUUCAGGCCAUUUCAGAUAACAUACUGAGCAAUUUCAUCAAAUAAUUGGCAAAACAGACUUUUAUUUUACUGUGUCUUUUUUUUAUUUGAUCUCUGCAGCUCUUAUUUACAUAAACUAUGGUAAGAUUUUAUAUACAAAUAAAAUACACAUGCACACACACACAGAAUGGCUAACUGGCUUAUUUCGAUCCCUCUUGAACACUAAGAUGUAUCAAAUGUAGAAAAGUAAAAAGCUAUUUGCAGUUAUUUUGGUUUUGUGAAUUGACUAAGUUUGAAAAAUGUAUUGUGUCACAUUUUUGUUUGCAUUUGUUUUCAUGAACAUUACAUUAGUAAGUGUUUUAAGGUAAAAAUAUUUUGAUUUUUUUUGUUGCACAAACGCAUUCCCUGCCAAUUAUUCAAUCAAGUUUAAAAGAUUUUGUUUCUGCAUUUUUAAUGGCAAAAUUACCUUUCACACACAACAAAGCAACAUCAAAAGUUGUCAGAAAAUCUUUGGGACGCCUAUACAUUUUUAUAGUGAAAUGAACAAACCUUUUCAUUUGCCUUUCUGUUAUUUAAAAAAAUGCAAAAUCUAGGGCAUUUCAGAGCAGUGCAAAACAAAAUUUAUGCAAAAUGUAAAGACUACAAGGAAGAAGGAAACAAGCAAAUAGUUUUACCUCCAAAACAAAAUGUCCACAGAGAAUUUUACAAAAUGUGAAAUGAGCCCAAGAUUUGUGAGCUGGAAGCAUUUUUUCUGGGAUUCCGUCUUCUAAAGCACUUUUUGGUUCGCAGCACAAACGUUGAUAAUAAACAAAGAAAUUAGGAUUUUAAACAUAUCUGAAUGAAAUGGCAUCAAAUUCAGAUGGCCAUUCUCAAAAUGGCUUAAAACUAAUAAAAGGUCCAAGUUUUCACAUGGUAUGAUGGUUUGAAAACCAACCCUGUCCAAUAAACGGGCAAAUUUGGUGGGAUACAUUUGGGACUGUUAUGAGUGCUAGGAGAUUCUUGGAUCGUGCAGGGUUUGCGGCAGGGUUUAUGAGAUGUAUUCAACCAUGCCUUUGAUUUUGAAAGGUCAUUUUGACGUGGACAUUUUGUGGUGGCACUACAGAAGCGUUGAUGUUAUUAAUAAUUUGAGAGAGAGCUAUCCACGGCUUCUUUGAAUUCUUUGAUUGCCUCUUCAAGUUGUUUUCCUUUCUCUUGUCCUUCCACGGUGCCAAAUAACAGCUCACUACAAAUAACAGGAGUAAUCACAUAAUCAUAUCAAGCAAUCCAACGCACAGACAUCUGGCAUAAACUAGGCUUCUAAUGUGUCCCAAAAGUUUAAACGGACUUUAUCUCCAGUCAUUAAAACAGUAAAUUUUGAAUUUGAAUGCAAAAAAAAAAAGAUUGAAAGGUUUAUAACCUGCCCAUCAAUACUAUCACUUACCAUACCCUUGUUUCACAUUAGUUUAGUUGGAUACAUAAUUAUAAACUUAGCGCAUCAAGUUCAAGAUUUUCUGGCAAAUUUACAACAUGGCAAAAUGCAAGGUCACAUACUGCACAUUCAUAAUGUAGGUUUUCUGUUAUAAAGGUGUCAUGUCACAUGUACAUGUUUGCUAAAAUGGGCCGAUUUCUAAUAAUUCAAUGUCAAAUAUUCAUUAGCUGAGAAGACAACCUAAUAUUCGAAAGAGCUGAAUAUCUAGACUGGAUAAGCAUGUUGUGUCAUAAAAUUAGCAAUAUUGAUACAGUUCUAGGUGGGUUAACAAGAUAAUGCCUGCCACCAUGUGUUAGCAUUUUGUGCGCAGUACAUUGAAUGUGAUAGAUUAAUAGUAUCCAAAAUAAUAAGCAUGUUAUAUUUUUUAGCUGUUCACUAAUUUGUACUUGAAGGGUAGAUUAAAAUACUCUUUGCAAAUUGCAGUGCACGACAUACGAAAGCAGACAUAACAAAACAAGUGUUUUUACAUUGAUUGUUUAACAGCUUUAAUCUAUUGACAUAAUUUCUCCAUAAUAUUAUUUUUUUGAAAAAUAAGUACUUUAUUUAGUUGCUACAUACUGCACAUGUACAAUUAUAAAUGAAUUAGCGAUAUUGUUAAAAUGUUAAUAUUGUGGCACAUCACAGGAUUACAAAUGUAUUUGUUAGU